CUCCAAUGGCAAUGGCGAAUCUCUCCUCUCGACGACACUAAAUCAUCCCCAAAUCCUCACAAAGCCUUCGAUAUAGAUCCUAAUUUUAGUUAGAAAUUGAAAUUCCUUGAAUUGAAUCAUCAAUUUGAUGCAAUGGAGCUGGUAGCGAGAAGCAAGCAAUCGCGAUUGCCGAGUACGCUCGGGCCGGGCUUCCGAUUUCAUCCGACCGAUGAGGAAUUGGUGCAGUAUUACCUGCGGCGAAAAUCCAGCGGUAAAGGUUUCCGAUUCGACGCUAUCACGGAUGUCGAUGUUUACAAGGCCGAACCAUGGGAUCUCCCAUAUAUGUCAAAGAUGAAGAACAGGGAUUUGGAGUGGUAUUUCUUCAGUUUUCUGGACAAGAAGUAUGGCAAUGGAGCGAGAACAAACAGGGCAACUGAAAAAGGGUAUUGGAAGACAACAGGAAAGGAUAGGCCCAUUUAUCAUAAAAGGCAGAUUGUUGGUAUGAAGAAAACUCUUGUGUAUCAUUGUGGACGGGCCCCCAAAGGUCAGAGGAGUAACUGGGUCAUGCACGAGUACAGGCUUGCUGCCUCGGAGUCGGAGACUGCUAAAGUUGCUAAGGACUCGUUUGUUGUCUGCCGAAUCUUUAAAAAGAGUGGCUCAGGUCCAAAGAAUGGUGAGCAGUAUGGAGCACCAUUUGUGGAUGAGGAAUGGGAUGAUGAUGAGUUCGAAUUGCUUCCACAGGACGAAGCUACACAUGAAAUUGACUUUGGUGAUAAUACCUAUAUGGAAGAACUUAAGCAGAUUAUUGAGUCAGAUGUUCCGUUGAACAUGACUCCUGUCAGCUCAGAUGGCAGCCAUGAUUGUGAGGCCAUUGAAACUUUUAGCCAUCAGCAGUUUCAGAUUAUUGAGUCAGAUGUUCCGUUGAACAUGACUCCUGUCAGCUCAGAUGGCAGCCAUGAUUGCGAGGCCGUUGAAACUUUUAGUGGUACCCAAAAUCCCUUUGAGUCAGCAGGUGAUAGCUAUUGUGAACCCCUCAAGAUUUGUUAUAACCAGAACAUACCAAAUUGGCCUGCUUCAUAUGAUACGGAGGCUAUACCAGUCAAUCACGCGGACCUUGGUGAAUGGAUCAAUUCUGGGAACUCUGAUUCUGCUACCGAUGAUCUUAGUUUCUUGCUUGAUGAACCAUUCCUCGAUUCUUUUGAAAAAUUCCUGAAUGAUGAUGACGGAUUCAUUGAAGCUAAUGAUCUCUCAAAACCCCAUGAAACUAAUACCGGUGCUUUUGAUAUGCUUACGGAGUAUCUUGAUGCUGGUAAUGAUGACAGCUCGCUCUACUUUGCUUGCGAUCCUGAUGUGAUCUUCGGAAAUGAGGAUCUUGCUUCCAACCAGACAUUGCUUCCUCAGAUGAACAUGGGCAAUGGAACCGAGCAAGCAUUGUUGCCAAGUGGACCACUUAUCGACAAUAAUAACUUCAAUGCUGUGUUUUCACCUGAGAAGCAAGCAUCUACAGAGUCUCACUCAGAUUUCCAGCAACAGUAUAUCAAUCAGGCAAGAGGAAUGCUGGGGGAUAUCAAUGCUCCACCAGCAUACGCUGCAGAGUUUCCCUCCAAAGAUACAAUGCGUCGUCUCAAUUCUGUCCUGCGAUCUCCCAGUUCUGUGCAUGUUAGCGGCAGCACAAUUCAAGUAAGAAACUCGACUAUGGCCGGCAAAGGCACAGAUCAGUCCUCCGGCAACCACAAGGACUUCAACAUCGUCCUCUCUUUCGGCUUCUCACAUGCUGAUGAUGGAUCUUCAAGCUUGGAAUCGAGUGUUCACAUUGUCCCAGGGAAGACUGCUGCUGCGAUCUCUCGGGGCUGGCUCUGCUUCAUAUUUUUCUGGAUCCUAAUCUUCUCAAUGAUGAGCUUCAGGUUUGGUAACUAUGCAGGCGUCAAGUGAAGUGGCUUGAUACUGAAUUCAUAACACUUGCCAGAUUCAUUUUUCUACUUGUUGACUUAUAUCACUGCAUAACCCAAAUCUUAUCAUUUUUGUUUAGUUUUUAGUGGUUAGUAUAUAUUAUGCAUAUAUAGGAGUGAGUAGAAUCUGGUUUGACUGAGAAUGUUAGUAUCUUUCAGUAUUUUUUCUAUUUGAACCCAAACAUGUUAUGGCUGA